AUGGCGACUGACACAUACCCCAACUUUGAUAAAAGCGAUUUUAAACAUGAUCUUCUUCUUUUGACACAGGAAGGGAUCCACAGGUAUUGUCCUGGCGGUCUUCACCCAGUCAGUCUCGGGGAUAAAUUCCAGAAUGGUCGGUACACAGUGCACCAUAAGCUGGGCUUUGGUGAUUCUGCGACAGUGUGGCUUGCAAAGGAUACUGGUUUCCAUGGACAUGUUCCCGGAUAUCAAUGGGUCGCUUUGAAGAUACUGGCCGCCCACAUUAAGGAGCAGACGGAGAUUCGAAAUCUGCAAUAUUUGAGGGACGAAUCAGAAGGUGUGCUGUUCACAAGAUGUAUUGUUAAGUUACUUGACAGCUUUGUGCUCGUGGGUCCGAAUGGGAUACAUCAGUGUUUGGUGCUUGAACUUGUUGGCCCUUCCUUCAAAUCGAUCCAACAAUCUUAUAUUGACUUCAACAACUACGCCCACCAUAUCGGACUCGAUGAUGCUAAGUUCAACAACCCCACGCAUUGUCCUGAAAUUGAAUGUCCUCGUAUAUUUGAAAUUACCAAACGGCUUUUCAUGGCUUUGAGAUUCAUGCACGGCUUGGGCAUGUGCCACGGAGGUAUAAAUGGAGCAAACAUUGCAUUCACCUUUCGCAACAGCCUCCGGAAUGUCACCGAAAAAGAAGUCUUUGAGGUUAUGGGAUCGCCACGAACGUUUCCACUGGAGCGCUGUGACAGGAUACCUCUGGGUAAAGGGCUUCCAAGAGAGCUUGUUCAAAGUGCUCAGUGGAAUGGAUAUAUCGACGAAGAUCAAUAUGAGAUUCGUCUGAUUGGCUUUGGGAAGAGUUUCGUCCGAGGAGAGGAGCCAGAUAAACUCGAGCAACCAGUCCAUCUGCGAUGUCCCGAGAGCAUCAUGGGGGAUAUGCUUGACUAUCGUCUUGAUCUGUGGCACACAGGGUGUUUCAUCUAUCGGCUCCUGAUGUAUGAGCCCCCAUUCCCCGACUCGUCUGAUGACUAUGAAUAUAUAAGGAACAUUGUCGGGUUUGUGGAAGACUUACCAGUUGAGUGGGAGUCAAAACUGGAGGAACUUCGAUUGAUUUCUGAACAAAAUUCUGCACCGAAGAAAGCUCGGGACACAGACAAAGGAGCAAAGAAAAUAGAAGCUACCCAGGGCACUCUGCCAGACACUUCAGCACUAGUUGAAGAGGGCCCAACAGCGGAAGAGUCCUUAGCCAAAGAUGGCAAAUCAAGCGAGGGCCAGCACACUGGAACUACUUCACAGCAAAGAACGCUCACAAAAUUAGCGUCAGCACUGUCCCUGAAGGGAGUUUUUGACAAGAAAGCCAACAAUCUGAUGCUGGCACCCUUACUGCCAAUAAUUGAAGGGUUCCUAAGAUUUCGACCAUCUGAUCGCUUGCCACUCUUUGCAGCAACAGAGUUAUCAGAGUCAGCGUUGCUGCCGGUGCUAGACGAGUACCUUCCCCUGGUAGUUGAUGCAACAGAGGGCAAACCAGAGCUUCCAAACAGCGAUGCGCCACCGCCCCUUUCAGACAUAUCCCAAAAGCCUCCACAGAUACAGCCAGAGACCCCAGUAGGAACACCCGAGCAGUUUGUCAGUCCUGAACCGCAGCAGGCACAGGAGCCGGAAGGGUAUCAAAGCGCCGAGAACGCCCAAUUGGACGCGCAAACAGGGACCUUGGACCAACUGAGCGAUCAGAAUGACCAUCAUUCAGCCUUGCCUGAAAUCUCUAAGAACCUCGAACAAGAUCAGCGUGAGGUAGGGGAUGGGAUAUCAGACCUUCUCCACAGCCAGGGAGAACAGCAGCCGGAGUUAUCAGAUGUUUGUCAAAGCGCCGAACAAGCCCAGCCAGAGGCGCAAACAGACACAUCGGACCUGCUGGGUGAUCGCCAUGAGCCUCAGUCGGCCUCGCCAGAAAUUUCUAUGAAUCUUGGACAAGAUCAACUGGAGGUAGUGGAUGGAGCACCCGGCGUACUCGACAACCAGGGUGGACAACAACCAGAAAUGUCGGAGAUCCCCGAGAGUUCCCAUCACUCACAGCUAGAGUAUGCAGAAGAUUCAGCGCCCUCCUCGGACGACGGCAGAGAACAGAAACCUGGAGGUCGGAAGAGACUCCGUUCACGUAUAGGAGGGCUGUUGAAUCGGAGCUGGAGGCCAUGGAAGAGGCGUCGGAAGUCUUAA